GGCCGACACGUGGACACCUCGACGUUUCACAACUCGAUAAAAAGGUGAAAAUCCCCUCUUUCUCCCUUAAACCUCGAACCCUCGCCUUUCGUAGACUGAAGGGGAGCGCGGAAUCAGACACGACUGGAGGCAUAGAAACCCUAGAUCAAUCUCCUCUUCACUAGAUCGUCGUCGGUCGAUUACAGAUCUCAGAUCCUGACCUCGCAAUUGUCAAGGGGUUAAAGAUGGUGUCCGACGCUAGCAAGAAGAAGGCGGCGCAGAAGAAGGCCGCGGCGGCCGCCAAGAGAGGAGGGAAGUCUGCAGCUGCUGCGUCGUCAAAGGCAGCAGCGGUAAACGCGCAGAACGGUAGCGGCGUCGAUAAAUUAGCGAACGGAAUCGGGUCUAUUGAGAUUUCCGAUCGGACUUGCACUGGGGUUCUUUGUUCACAUCCUCUCUCACGAGAUAUACGCAUUGAGUCUUUAUCAGUUACAUUUCAUGGACACGAUCUUAUAGUUGAUUCUGAAUUGGAGCUCAAUUAUGGCAGACGCUAUGGUUUGCUUGGAUUGAAUGGCUGUGGGAAAUCUACUUUGCUCACUGCAAUAGGGUGUCGAGAACUCCCCAUCCCAGAUCAUAUGGAUAUUUAUCACCUCACUAGGGAGAUUGAAGCUUCUGACAUGACUGCUCUUGAGGCUGUCAUAAGUUGUGAUGAAGAGAGGUUGAAAUUGGAGAAAGAAGCUGAAGCCUUGGCUGGGCAGGAUGAUGGAGGGGGUGAAGCUCUUGAUCGCAUUUAUGAGCGUUUGGAAGCCAUGGAUGCAUCUACUGCAGAGAAACGUGCUGCCGAAAUCUUGUUUGGUCUUGGUUUCAACAAGAAGAUGCAAGCAAAGAAAACACGUGAUUUCUCUGGUGGCUGGAGAAUGAGAAUUGCGUUAGCACGGGCUCUAUUCAUGAAUCCAACAGUUCUGUUGCUUGAUGAACCCACCAAUCAUCUUGAUUUAGAAGCUUGUGUCUGGUUGGAGGAAACUUUGAAGAAAUUCGAUCGCAUCCUGGUUGUGGUAUCGCACUCUCAGGACUUCCUGAAUGGUGUCUGCACAAAUAUUAUUCACAUGCAAAACAAGAAACUGAAGAUCUACACUGGUAACUAUGACCAGUAUGUUCAAACUCGUUCAGAACUUGAAGAGAACCAGAUGAAACAGUAUAAGUGGGAGCAAGAGCAGAUUGCUUCAAUGAAGGAGUAUAUAGCUCGAUUUGGUCAUGGCUCUGCAAAACUAGCUCGGCAGGCACAGAGUAAAGAAAAAACUUUAGCCAAAAUGGAACGCGGUGGUCUCACAGAAAAGGUGGUGAGAGACAAGAUUUUGGUGUUUCGCUUCACUGAUGUGGGAAAGCUGCCCCCACCAGUAUUACAGUUUGUUGAGGUCACAUUUGGCUAUACUCCUGACAAUCUCAUCUACAAGAACCUGGAUUUUGGGGUAGAUCUGGACUCUAGAGUAGCAUUAGUGGGACCCAAUGGAGCUGGUAAGAGUACGUUGCUGAAGCUGAUGACGGGGGAUCUGAUUCCUCUUGAUGGCAUGGUUAGGCGACAUAACCACCUGAGAAUUGCUCAGUUCCAUCAGCACUUGGCCGAGAAACUUGAUGUGGAACUGUCUGCUCUCCAGUUCAUGAUGAAGGAAUAUACAGGCAAUGAGGAAGAGAAGAUGAGAGCGGCUAUUGGGAAGUUUGGGCUGACAGGUAAGGCUCAGGUGAUGCCAAUGAAGAAUUUGUCUGAUGGCCAAAGGAGCAGAGUGAUAUUUGCAUGGUUGGCCUGGAGGCAGCCCCACAUGCUGCUUCUGGAUGAGCCAACCAACCAUUUGGAUAUCGAGACAAUCGACUCUCUUGCCGAGGCAUUGAAUGAGUGGGAUGGGGGUCUGGUUCUGGUUAGCCAUGAUUUUAGGCUGAUAAAUCAGGUAGCCCAGGAGAUAUGGGUGUGUGAGAAUCAGGCAGUGAGCCGAUGGGAGGGUGAUAUUAUGGGCUUUAAGGAACACCUGAGGAGCAAGGCUGGAUUAUCCGAUUGAAGCAGGUUUAUGGGAUUCCAUGGAAUUCUACUAUGGCUGGAUUAUCUGAUUGAAGCAGGUUUAGGGGAUUCGACGGAAUUCUACUAUGUCAAAUCCGUACUCGCGGAUUCAUAUAUUUAUUUACGAGGUAGUACUGGUUUUUGCCGCAUCUAGCUCAUGCUCGAAUGAGUAUGUAAUGGCAGUAGUAUCAGAGCUGAACUGGUGACCAAGGCUUGGUGGUGGUUUCAGAGCCACUGAGUGGCUCCAUCCUGUGGCCGUGUGGAGGUGAUAUUUUUUAUAUGUUUUUUUUUUUCCCACCCAAUACAAUAUGAGUUGCUUCCUCCUCUUUCUUGUGCCAAAGAGACGAAAAUGCUACUUGUAGGAGCGAUGCCUGCAUUGACCUACGUACCCCUAUGCUUUAAUCUCUAUUUAGUGUACUUGAACAUGCAUGGUUUAAAUUUUACUCUCGAGAUCAGUUCUAUCUU